UUUUCUUUAUCAUAGUGCCAUAUUUUUCCUUUAUUUUUUAGUAAAUCGGCUCAGGAUUGACUCCAGGGUUAGAUGUACAGUACCGAUAUGUGAUAAAGUGUUCAUCACCAUUGAUCAUCAGAGUAGCAGAAAACGUUCAACUGAAGCAGAAGUUGGAGUUUUUAAAUUUAUAAUGAAUUUGUAAGGCUUCUUAUUUAAAUCUACCGCAGUGUCAAUACACGGAGUUUUUACAGUGUUUAGUGCUAAACUGUCCAGACCACUAAGUGGGACGCUGUGCGAGGGGAAGGGGAGGGUCCCGUCUCCGCAAUAAAGGCUACGGUAGUAAAAAAGAAAGUCAGUGUGUGUGAGAGAGGUCGACAGAGAGAGAGAGGGAGAGAGAGACGGAGGUGCUGGACUCAGAAUGGCUCAUCACUUUAAGCACUGCUGAGCCCAUUUCACUGGAUUUGCAUCGGCUGAUUAUUAAAAGAACGUUGCGCGUUUUCACUUUUGCGCCUCCUUCAGACUGCGAUCAGCGGGAUUUCAGAGGGGGGAUCGUCCAGCGGACCUGAGCCGUGCGAGGUCUGGGCAGGUGGGAAGAGGCGCACUCUGACUGGCACAGUCACUUGUGCGUCUUCAAAAAUGCUGAACGACAUCAAAAUCGAAGAUCGUCUGCGGACUGAUUCCAGCUCCCUGGACGGGAGCUGUCGCCACCAGGCCGUGUGUGAGGGCUGCGCGCGGAUCAUCUCAGACCGCUUCCUGAUGCGGGUCGAUGACGCGUCCUGGCACGAGGGCUGCCUGCAGUGCGUCGCGUGCCAGCAGCCGCUCACCGCCACCUGCUACACGAGAGACACCAAGCUGUACUGCAAGGCCGACUACCAGCGUUUGUUUGCCACAAAAUGCAGCAGCUGUCUGGAGAAGAUCUCGCCAACUGAGUUUGUGAUGCGAGCUCUGCAGAGUGUUUACCACCUCAGCUGCUUCUGCUGCUGUGUCUGCGAGCGGCAGCUGCGCAAAGGAGACGAGUUUGUGCUGAAGGAAGGCCAGCUCCUGUGCAAGAGUGACUAUGAGAGGGAGAGGAGCCUCCGGAAGAUCUUCAUCCCAGAUGACUCUGACUCAGACAAGAGUGAGGAUGAGGAACGGGAUGUGAAGACAGAGAAGUCUCCUGCAUCAGGAAAGGACAGUAACGAUAGCAAAGACCCUCGUCGGGCCAAACGGCCGCGCACCAUCCUCACCACCCAGCAGAGGAGAGCCUUCAAGACCUCCUUUGAAGUCUCGUCCAAACCCUGCAGAAAGGUGAGAGAGACCCUGGCUGCAGAAACUGGACUCAGUGUCCGUGUGGUCCAGGUCUGGUUCCAGAACCAGAGGGCAAAGAUGAAGAAAUUAGCUCGCAGACAACAGCAACAGCAGGAGCAGCACGGCAGCGAAAGGCUGGGCCAAGAGGUGAUGUCGCGCUGCAUGGAGAGCCUGCUCAGCUCCUACUCAGGGCCUGUACCUGCGAGCCAGCAGCAGCUGGUGACCCUGGAUCCCAGCUGCUACAGCACAGACGCCUUCCAGCAGGGCCUGACUCCUCCACAGAUGCCCGGUGACCACAUGAACCCUUACGGUACUGACUCCGUGUUCCACGACAUCGACAGUGACACCUCGCUGACAAGUCUAAGCGACUACUUCAUGGCUUCUCCUGACGUAGGUCUCCUGCAAGCACGAACAGGAAACCCCAUCGACCGUCUGUACUCCAUGCAGACCUCCUACUUUGCCUCCUGAGAGCCGGGAGCAGCGAUCGUUCACUAUAACACAUGCCUGUCCACCAAAUAUACCUGACCCACCUCCACCAGCCAAAGGAAAGGGAACACUUGAAGCUCAAACCUCUUAAACCUAAUGUCUGUUGCAGUAAAUUUGGAUUUUCAACUGGAUUCACUGUGUGUAGAUAGUUGUAAAUGUACAGAGUGUCUGUGGUUUAAGAGUCGGUGCAGGGCCAUUCGUCUAAAUCAAAGUGUUGCAGAAACAUUAGGCUAAAAUACAUAAACACUACUCUAAUAAUGGUUAACUUGUUUUUAAUGAGACAGUGAAGAUGAUCCACUUUUUGUAGGGGAAUGUUUAAAACAAGUACAAGAAUCAAUGAUUUCAUACUUGUCUAAUUUAUUAUCUGUACUGUUUCGUUUUUAAAUACUGUUUCUCACAAACAAAACAUCCAGUUACGCCUCUUGAAAUGAACAGCUUUUUAUUUAUUUUCACAUUUUCUAUUUAAAAAGACUGAAAUAUCCUAAUUAUCUGACUGGUUGAUUCUGAUUUUCAAGCUUGUCUGUUUAUAAAAUUACUUCGACAUUUCUUUGAUAUUUAUUGUACUGCUGACACCAACUGGAGACAAUUUCAAUUUGCUAUAUUACCAAAAAAUGAGGGAACAUCUAAUAAAAAGGUCUUUUUUCAAAUCA